CAUUUGCGCUGAAGUAAAUCACUGAAAACUGUUUAUGAACUGGCAUCUCUUCUUGGAAAUGUAAAGCGAGAACUCUUUAAGUGGCGAUUUUUUUUUUUUUUUUAGGGGUGGGGGGGAGGAAAGAAUUCAAUAUCAUGCAGGCUUAGAGUUUUGAUUAUAUCCUCCUUUUAUAUUCCUGGAAAUCACAAACUGUCGUUGCUUAGCAUCUUAGCGCUUUCUUUUUUUGCUAAUAGAUUCCCGUGGUCUGGUUUGGUUGGCUUCUAUUUUUUUUUUAAUUUUUUUUUUUUAUUUUCUUCCUCCUCCAAACAAAUAUUCUUAUUUAAAUUAAAAUGAGCUCUUAUUUUGUCAACUCACUCUUCUCCAAAUACAAAACCGGGGACUCCUUGCGUCCCAAUUACUAUGACUGUGGGUUCGCUCAGGAUCUUGGGGGCAGACCCACGGUGGUGUACGGACCCAGCACGGGGGGCACCUUCCAGCAUCCGACCCAAAUCCAGGAGUUUUACCACGGAGCAUCCUCACUCUCCAGCUCCCCUUACCAACAGAAUCCCUGCGCCGUGGCGUGCCAUGGGGACCCCAGCAACUUCUAUGGCUACGACCCCUUGCAAAGGCAGAGCCUCUUCAGCGCCCAGGAGUCGGACUUGGUGCAGUACACGGACUGCAAGCUUGCUGCCAGCGGCCUUGGAGAGGAGGCGGAGAGCUCGGAGCAAAGCCCUUCUCCGACCCAGCUUUUCCCCUGGAUGCGACCGCAAGCAGCCGCUGGACGGAGGAGGGGGAGGCAAACCUACAGCCGCUACCAGACGCUGGAACUGGAGAAGGAAUUUCUAUUUAAUCCCUACCUGACCCGCAAACGGAGGAUCGAGGUCUCGCAUGCCCUGGGAUUGACAGAAAGGCAGGUCAAAAUCUGGUUCCAGAACAGGAGGAUGAAAUGGAAAAAGGAAAACAACAAAGACAAGUUUCCCAGCAGCAAAUGCGAGCAGGAAGAACUGGAAAAACAGAAAAUGGAAAGAGCCCAGGAGGUGGACGAGGAAGGGGAAGCACAGAAGGCGGACAAGAAAUAAAAGGAUUUUUAAGGACUGAAAGGCAAGCGCUGCUGGGGUGGAAGAGCCCCUGAGCCCCACGUUAAUGGCAGUUAAUGUAAGGGAGGGGUGGGAAAAAAAACCAACAAUGCAUAGAAAAGAGAAAGGAAAAAAAAAAAACCUUUUAUUGCUGUAAAACAAUAUAGCUGUAAGCACCACUUUCCUGAUUAUCCUUUGAUACAAUGAACAGUAUGCAAAAGUGAUCGGGAGGUCUCUCCUGCCUUUUGCCAGUUAUUAACUAGUGGUAGUGUAACGCAAUAGCUUAUGUAAAACAUGACUGUGAAAUUUUCUCUCUCUCUCUGUCCUUCUCUCUGUCUCUCUCUUCUUUCCUGGGGGGUGGGUUGGUUAACAUAGCUUUCAAUGCUAUAGGAGUUACGUGAAAUUACAUUUGUGCACUUUUUUUUUUAAUUUUCCACCUUUUUUGUUGUGGUUUAUCUGUAUGUACUGGAGGUAGCUAUUGAAACAAACAUCCCAACAACAUGAAACUGCCUAUUUAUGCUAUAGUUAUCUCUCUCUUUCUCUCUCUUUCUCUCUUUACUUUCCUUACUUCUGUUCUUUUUUUUUUUUUUGGUUCGGGAUUUUCUUUUUUUUUUUUUUGUUUACAAUUUUUAAGUGUCUCUUCCAAAAAAGGGGGAAAAAAGAAAAAAAAAAAAAAAAAAGCGUUUUUCUCUCCUUUAGUUAGCAUGCGCACAGUGAAGCAAGUUGUAAAGUGAUCUUUAGGUUAACUGUGAAAAAGAAUGUAUACUGUAUACGUGAAUUACUUUAUUGGGGGAACUAAUUAUAUAUUUUGUUGUUCUUUCAUCACUUUGUUCUAUUGUCUAAACCUGGAAGCGGCGGAAGAAAGUUACAAUAAAGUUUACAAGC